UCCUUCGGUAUCCUCGCCCUCGCCGCCUCGGCCUCUGCUGCCUACGUCAACGGCACUGCUCCCAUGAACGGAACUGUUUACACCACUGAGGUCGUCACCGCGUAUNNAUACACCACCGUUUGCCCUGCCCCUACCGCCGGAGCAUACGUGACCACUAUCAACAGCAAGGCCUACACCAUCUCGUCGGCCACCACCGUUACUGUCACCGACUGCCCAUGCACAUUGGUCAAGCCUAUGCCCACUGCCUCGUCCAACGGCGGCAUGAUGACCUCGGCUGGAGGCAAGACCAACGGAACCGCUUCGGCCACCAAGCCCGCAGUUUACACUGGUGCUGCCAACCACGUUGCUGCUGGUUACGGUCUUGCUGCUCUCGGUGCCGCCGUCGUUCUUCUGUAA